UUCCUGACCCCCCCCCCUUCCUCCUCCUCCUUUCCUGACCCUCCUCUCCUGAACCCUCUCUCAACCCCUUCCUUCUCUCCUACCCUGUAGUUCAUGUGCCAGGGCCUCUCUCCCCCUCUUUUCUGAACCCUGAUCUCAUCCUUGACCCCUUUGGUCAGGAUGAGCUGGCUGAGCCGGCUGACCCCUCGAGGUCCGGGGGGCAGGUCCAGUAGGAACGUGGCUCCCUCCAGUCCCUGUACUGCUGACCCAGAGACCUGCCUCAUGGUGUUUGAGAAUCACUGGAGACAGGUGUCCUGGGUGCUGGAACAGCGGGAUCCGUCAAGCUCUAGUGAUGACCUCACCGCGGUGCGGAACCACACCGACCAGAUGCUGUGCCUCUUGGCCGAGGAGCGACCGGGGGAGUGUGAGGGACCCUCCGGGGCGGUAACGUCCGGUAACGUCCCCCCCAUUGGCCCCAUCCUGGACCUGGUGGUGUCUGAGAACGUCCUGGAGCGUGUGGUGCAGUGGCACCUGAGGCGCGGCCUGGACCCCGACAGCCAGGGGGCGCUACUCAAGCUGUUUGAGAUGCUGAUAGGCCAGUCUCAGCAGCCCUUGCUCCAACACAAGGCGGUGCUGCAACCUCUACUGGGUCUGCUGGGGGCCUGUGCUGAGCCCCAGCUGGGCUGCCCUCCCCCUCUGGAGAACAGCCUCGUGCUGCUGCUCAACCAGAUCUGUGUGUCGAUGGCGCGUGCUCCUGCUGUGUUGGAGCUGUUGUUCAGGACGGCCCCGGUGCAACACGGUCCUACCAACCUGCUCAUCUUCUCCCUGCUGGUUCCCUUCAUCCACCGUGACGGAGCCAUCGGACAGCAGGCCCGCGACGCCCUCCUCCUCGUCAUGGCAACCUCCGCCAGCAACCAGGGAGUGGCACGCUACAUUGCAGAGAACUCCUACUUCUGCCCGGUGCUGGCCACGGGCCUGAGUGCUCUCUACUCCUCCCUGCCCAGGAAGAUAGAGGUACGGGGAGAUGACUGGCACGCUCUGCGCAGGGAGGACUGGAUGGGCGUGUCCUCCCUGGUGCUCUUCAUGAACUCUCUGGAGUUCUGUAACGCUGUCAUCCAGGUGGCUCACCCCCUGGUCCGCAGACAGCUGGUCGACUACGUUCACAACGGAUUCCUGGUCCCUGUCAUGGGACCCGCCCUACACAAGUCAUCUGUAGAUGAGAUGAUAGCCAGUACAGCCUACCUGGAUCUGUUCCUACGCAGCGUCACGGAAACAGCUCUCCUCAAAACCUUCCUACGCUUCAUCCUCAUGCAUCGCCAUGACAACGACACCAUCCUGGACACAUUGCUAACUCGCAUCAGCAGCAACUCAAGGCUGUGUAUGGUGUCGUUGAGCCUGUUCAGGACUCUACUCUCUCUCAACUGUGAAGACCUCAUGUUGCAGCUCGUUCUCAGGUAUCUGCUGCCCUGUACCCAUGUGAUGUUGAGUCAGAGGCGUGCUGUCCGGGACACUGAUCUCUAUAGUAAAUCAGCCGACAAGUUCCUGUCCCUCAUCCCAGACUGCUGCCGUCUGAGCACAGUGCCCUCUGCUGAGCAGGAGGAAGAACCUGCCCUUUGGGGGAAAGUCCUGAACAGUCCCAGCUCAGAGUCUCCAGUACACCACAAACCCAGCACUCCGUCCCGCUUGGCCCUGUUCAUGCGCCAGCAGAGCACUGGAGGAGGGCCCUCCACCCCCUCCCCCACCGAGACGGUCCCUUCGUCGCCUGGUGCCGGCCCCAACACCCCCCUGUCCCCAGAUAGCCCCAUGCACCCCGUCCCAGACGGGCUGGACUGGGAGUCGGGGUACCUGGAGUACCUCAGGGACGCCCGUAGGGGGGUAGAGCUGUGCUCCUGGGCCUGCCGGAACUGGUCAGCCCCCUACGACGGAGAGGACCCCUCACCCAACACGGCCCCUCUACCGCCCCCGCCCCCCACCUCCAACCCCUCCCUGGCCAUGUUCCCAGAGCACUUCUCCUUCCAGCAGGGUGGAGGAGGAAAUGGAGGUAGUACCUCCCCCGGACAGCAGAGGGCAGCGGUGGUGGCAGCAGCGCGGUCAGAGUGGUCCAGUACAGAGAGAGACAGUGGAGAGUGGGACGUCACCAUCGGUAAGAACAGCUGUAUCAGCCUCACACCCCGCACCAAGAAACGCAGCCUGCAGAGAGAGGAUGUCCCCCUCCCCAAACCUCUCCAUCUCCCUCCUGAUUCUGCCUUCCUCCCUGACCCCUCCGCUGCUCCCCACCACCACUCCGCCCCCACCAAGGGCCCUCAGCAGGCCAUCAUCAAUGGGACGUUGUUGGGGGGGCAGGGGGACGGGUGUAGGGACAGCCAGGAUGGAGGGAUGGAGGUUAAGAAGGUGAAGAGAGAGUUGGGCGAGCAGCGGCACCCUGCUGGGGGGGACUCUAGUCAGAACGGGGGGGUGGGUGCCUGCCCUGCCCAGUCCUGCGGGUCCCUACAAGGCUUAUACAGUGAAGGGAAUGGGAGUGGGGCUGCGGAAAGCUCCAGAGGUCUUCCACCACACAAACCGAGUCACGCCCAGACUCAGUCUGCUCCACUGCUCUCAGAACCCCGUACCAACUCCUCCAACGACAGGCUGACCCUCCAUGCUGCAGCACCCGGCCCUGGAUCGAGACCUCCAGAGGCAAUGCUCUUUAACCAGUCAGAAGCAGUGGAGCGACUGAUCUCUGAGCUCCUGGAUGGGCCUGGGGAGGGGGGCCAGCAGGGGCCUGGGGACUCCAACGGCCAGGGCAUCAGCAUCGAGGCCUUCACCCAGGAACUCCGGGAGCUGGAGGAGAGAGUGAGGGAGAGGAGCAGAGGGGUGGGGUUGCUCAGACAGCUGGAGGAGACCACCAGAGACCCCCACUCAGAGGAACCACCGCCCCCCUCUCCCCUGGAUGCUGACCUGAUGGGGAGCGGGGUAGGGGCUGGCGUUGUGGGGGUGUUCAGCCCUGCCAGGCCUCUAGGACAACCAUCCACUCAGCCCUACACAGGUCCGUUCAUGGUGGUUCUGUUUGCCAAGCUGGAAAACAUGCUCCAGAACUCUCUGUAUGUAAACAUUCUGUUGACGGGUAUUCUGGGCCAGCUUGCCUGCUACCCUCAGCCCCUGCUCCGAUCUUUCCUCCUCAACACCAACAUGGUGUUCCAGCCCAGCGUCAAGUCUCUCAUACAGGUCCUGGGCUCAGUGAAGAACCGCAUCGAGACGUUUGCAGCGUCCCAUGAGGAUUUCCCUGCCAUGCUGAAGAAAGCCCAGCGCUACCUGGCUGCCAGGGGCAAGGUGGAUUGGGCGGACUCACCCAUGGGGAUGCCCACACUGCGACGCUCUGAUUCUCUGGUGAAGAGCCGGAAACCCUCACUAGGCGACCUGAUCCUUCGCCACACCAAUAGCCCCACGCGGGCACGCCACGCCGCCCAGCUCGCCCUGGCCCACGUACGAGACGGCGGCCAAUCGCUGCACAGUGCCCUGUUCCGGGGCGGGUCAGGGGCGUCGGGGCUGGAGAAGCAGGCAGAGGCUCUGAGGGUGAAGAACGCCGUCUACUGCGCCGUCAUCUUCUCUGAGUUCCUCAAGGAGCUGGCCGCUCUGGCCCAGGAGCACGCUGUCUCCAUGCCCUUCCUCCAGAGCCACGAUACUGAGGAGUGA